AUGACAAAAAGUGCUAUUAUGAAUCCAAGUACAGAAGUAUCAUCAAGUGGAACUGAUUUUUAUCGUGCUGAAUCAGCACCAAUAACUGAUCCAAAUGAUAUUUGGAAUCAAAAUCUUUCGAGUACAACAAUAACUCCACCUACAAUACAUACACCAUUACGUACAACAAUACCUAUACCUAAUUUACCAACAACAUGUAAUGUAUUAUAG